UACAGUCGAGGGUGCGCGUGUUCGAGCGGAGGAUCAUGUCCAAGGCGCUGCGCUUCUUGCCUCCGCGGCACACAGCAGAAAUCGGAGCCGCUAGAGGACACGCUUCACUAUAGCGCGCAACAAGAGAGGACUUCAGAGCGUGCGUGUUUAUUCCACGCAGGAAGAGGACUGCCAAGGAACAAUAAAAGUGCUUUUGCUGCGGUUUAAUCCGGGUUGACGGAUUUGUACGGUGCAGGUGCAGCGGUGAAGACACUCGGUUGGCGGAUGGUUGUCGAAACUGAAGAGAGGAGUCCUCUCUGCAAGUCUCCAAUGAAGAUGAAGUCUGUGGUGGACGGAGGCUUAUUCACAGAGAGUUAUUGCAACAUCUGCAAUGCCCAGCUCAUCUCCGAGUCUCAGCGCACGGCACACUAUGAGAGCAAGAAACAUGCCAACAAAGUGCGUCUGUUUUAUAUGCUCCACCCAGAGGAUGGAGGACCACCUUCCAAGCGACUCAGGCCGGACAAUCCGGACUGCGACGAGACAGAGGUGGACAAAAACAAAUGCUGCACCUUGUGCAACAUGUUCUUCACUUCAGCCAUCGUGGCUCAGUCCCACUACCAGGGAAAAACCCACGCCAAGAGAGUCCGCCUGGUCCUCGGGGAGACGCCCUGCAGCCCCGCAGCCUUGACCACGCAGCCUACCAACGCAGAUUCCUCCCCUUCAACUCCGCUGCCCUCGGACCCCACGACGUGCCCUCCUCCUCCAUCCGUGUCGGCGGUCAGCGGCAACGCCGGCAAAGAAGCCGGAAAGUACUGUUGCCUGUGCGGCGCCUGGUUCAACAAUCCACUGAUGGCCCAGCAGCACUACGAGGGCAAGAAGCAUCGCAGGAACGCUGCCCGAGCACGCCUGGUGGAGCAGCUUGCGGGGAGCCUGGAUGCCACGGAGAGCACGGGGCUGCGCAGUAGUUACUCCUGCAGCGUCUGCAGCGUGGUCCUCAACUCCAUCGAACAGUACCAUGCACACCUCCAGGGCUCCAAACAUCAGAACAACUUGAAGCAGCAACAGCAGUGCGCCCCUCAAGAAUGAGAUGGAGUUAGCGGACUUCAGAAAUCCUGCCAUAUGUCAGAAACCGAACAGUGUGCCAGAGUGUUUGUGUGUCCGAGACGUCCGUCCGCACAUCUGCAAUAGGCGCACGUGGGUUCUUUCAUUUCUGUGUCCUGAAGCGAUUUCUCUUGAAAUUUACUCUGCACCCAAGUGUUUGACAUGAGUUGUACACCAACAGCCAGCAGAGAGAAGCUACCCGGCUGUGGACUGCCAUAAACAACAACAAUAACAAUGGUGGGAAUAAUAAUAAUUAAAAAUAACAAUUCAUCUGAAACAGUCCUGGAUUUUAAUGAUGUCAAUGCCCAGAAUGUUCUUUACAGUUAAGCAUAAAAUAUUUAUACGCUGGCCAAAUGCUACGUUAUUUACUUUUUGAUGAAUGAGUGUCUUUUGGUAAAUAAAUGAAUUGACUAACAUUUUAGCCGCAUUGUCAUAAAGGUCCUCGUCUAUAAACGAUUCCUAGCGUUUCUACGCAUAUCCAAUGACCAAAAUGUAUAGUUGAUUGGAAUGCUUUGUUAUUUAGGCAAAUAGUAGUCAAGAACAUCCAUUAGAAAGAAAAAAAAAAACGCAGGUUCAUUCUUAGGUGUCUAAUUAGGGGGAAGUGUGUUGAGAAAAUGUAAAUUUAAUGGUAUUCCAAUGUCAUAUUGUUCAAAGGAUUAUUGUAAUAUGAAUUUACUGGAACAGGCUACUGAUGUCUUUAGACUUGUUGAAGCAGCAUGUGGCUUCUUAUGCAAGGUCAUUCUUGUAUGCUUUGUUCCAAACAACCGAAUUUCAUUUUGAGUAUCUGCCGAUAAUUUGCCAAUGCGAAGGGGAAAAAUCAAUCACCAAGCUUUUUUUGUUUGUUAAUCAACUCUUCCCCAUAAUGCUACGUAAAAUUUGUUCCCUUUAUUUAUGAAGAUAAAUUGGUGCUGUACAAGCAGGCUAUAAAAGUUGCAAUUCAAAUAAAUGAAACGCAUUUUUGUGUAAUCACAGCACUUGUGUAGAUGUGGUUUUCUGACCCUCGUGUUUUUCACGACAUCACACAAUUUGUGUAAUGUACCUCGGGAUUUUUUUCCUGUUAUGACUUUUAAAUAUUACGAUUUUUUUUCCAGCCAAUACCAGGACAUAAAUGAGUAGAAGAGCACAAAUGGUUGAGUAAUUUAAAAUAGGAUGAGAAGACGCGGUACCAAAAACAGAUAGCUGAUCGGGAACAGGAAGAAAUACCAGGAUGUAAAAAAAUUCAAUCAACACAAUUAUUUGAUCUCAUCGUUUGGCCAGGGUAUAAAAAAAUUGUUUUUAACUAUGAUGGCCAUAGAACAGCAUUUACUUGUUUAGCAUCAAGCUGUCAAAUGUGCCAAGCGUUUGGACGCUGAUCCAGUUCUCAGUUUGGGCUCCUUCUCACACUACGUGCCAAGCACUCGGGCCCAGUCCAUAAAAAUCCAUGAAGAAGACCUGCAUGAAAAGUUCUCACUAUGUGACAAUGACUACAGAUGAUCGAAGAGACGCCAACUAAAUGAUUUCUGAAUAAGCAAAUGCUGCCUUGGAUUGAUGACAGCAGACAGCAGAAAAAAGCAGCACAAAAAUGACUUUUCAACUGGAAUCUCACGUUGAAGCUGGUGAAAACAUUCCUACAAAGCUGAAUAUUGAUGUCAGAAGCAGUCCAGAGGCAACAAAAAUUGCCCUGGCCUGUUGAAAAGGGCAAUGUGUACUGUAACUUUUUUUGUUUCUGUUGCUAGAGCCAGAGGAAAAACAUCACUUGCAAAACUAUGUAGCAAUCGGUGUGUAAUGAUACUGUAUUAAUGCAUGGAAAAUGUUGCAUUAAUUUGCUUUAUUUAUUUAUUUGACGUAGAUUGCUUGCACAUUUUGGCAAUAGUGCUGCUCUCUAGUGUUAGUUUAAUAAUGCAUUAUAGUUCACACCUCAGCAACAAAUUUUAGUACAAAUUCACCUCUGUUUGAUUAAAAGUGAUCUUUUUGAUACCUGAAAUGUCAACAUUGUGUAGGUCCUCUAAUCAGAGUGUCUGUAAAGUGAAUUUUGAAUUGUUUGUAGCACUUUACGAGGGGGGGGGGGGGGGCGGCAUUUUCCUGUGCUGUCGCUACACGGUCAGCACUAGACUAAGCUACUCUUUGUUUUUGGAUGAGAUCUGUUCAACUCAUAAAAUAAAAUGUUUUUAUUUGUGUAUUGUAUGAGAGAAGCGUGAACUGCAAAUGACCUUCUGUAAUUAGACUGGAAGUGGAAAAGCAGCAUUUUUAUUUUAUUUUUUUGUAAAUAAGCCAAAGCUUCUAGUCUGUGUAUUGAGAUUUACGAAGGGUUUUGUAUUUAUAUUGUUUAUCUGCACUAAGCCACCGGGUGAUGAGGGAAAUGUGUUAUUAUUGAAAAAUAAUAAAUAUGCUGACAUUGA